UCCGCACCCCCGCCCCACAGAGAGUCGGACUCACGCCAUCUUGCGCCCCUGCCUAGCCACCUUUUCCCUUUCUACACUCUCAGCCCUCCACCCCGCCCCUUUCCAAGCGUGUCCCGGGCCGCAGCAGCAGAAACCGCACCAUCUCUAUCCCCACAUUCUCCACGCGGGACGCGCAGACGUGCCUACAAGUGUUCUUAGAGCAGAGAUGAAUAAUACUGCUGCCAGCCCAAUGUCUACUGCCACUUCAAGUAGUGGGAGAAGUACAGGGAAGUCUAUAAGCUUUGCUGCAGAAUUACAGAGUAUGAUAUACACCGUAAUUGAUAAGGAAGAGGUAUGUACAGGAAAAAUACAAUGGGCAAGCCUUUCCAGCCAGUUUGCGUUUUCUUUAGGUGAUGCGAGGAGGCCUCUUCAUGAAACAGCAGUUUUGGUAGAAGAUGUGGUGCACACUCAGUUAAUUAAUCUGUUACAGCAAGCUGCUGAAGUUUCUCAGCUUCGGGGAGCAAGGGCAAUCUCUGCUGAAGAUCUUCUGUUUUUGAUGCGCAAAGAUAAGAAAAAACUUAGAAGACUGCUAAAAUAUAUGUUUUUCCGAGACUACAAAUCAAAGAUUGUGAAAGGCAUAGAUGAGGAUGAUCUUCUGGAAGACAAAUUGAGUGGCAACAGUAAUGUGAACAGUAGACAAAAAACUGCCCAAGACUUUCUUAACUCUAUUGACCAAACAGGAGAACUCUUGGCAAUGUUUGAAGAUGAUGAAAUUGAUGAAGUUAAACAAGAAAGAAUGGAGAGAGCUGAAAGACAAACUCGAAUUAUGGAUUCAGCUCAAUAUGCAGAAUUCUGUGAAAGUCGACAAUUAAGUUUCUCCAAAAAAGCCUCCAAAUUUCGCGAUUGGUUGGACUGCAGCAGUAUGGAGAUAAAACCCAAUGUUGUCGCUAUGGAAAUUUUAGCAUACUUAGCAUAUGAAACUGUGGCACAGUUAGUGGAUCUGGCUCUUCUUGUGAGGCAAGACAUGGUAACCAAGGCAGGAGACCCCUUCAGCCAUGCUAUUUCUGCAACAUUCAUUCAGCAUCACAACUCUGCUGAGAGCACCGCGGCCUGUGGUGCGGAGGCUCACGGCGAUGCCAUCCAGCCCUGCCACAUCAGAGAGGCCAUUCGACGCUACAGCCACAAGAUUGGCCCCCUUUCCCCAUUCACAAGUGCCUACCGCAGGAAUGGGAUGGCUUUUCUGGCCUGCUGAUGUGACUACAACUGACUGCAACAACAGGAAAGGCCAUGUUAUAUUAAGGUGAUUUCUGUUCCCCUCUUUGGACAAAAUAAAAUCCAAGUUUACCUUCUCUGUGUCCUCAGGGGUGGGUUGGUUUGUUGUGACUAUCAACUGGCUGACUGCAGCUCUUUUCCAGCCCCCUGGACACUUAGUCUUGUUUACUAGAUGGGCCAGCUAGCCAAUUAUUGGCAGGAUGUUUGCCAUAGUGUGUAGGUGGACAAGAAUGCACAUCACACAGUUUUGAAAUUUCAAUUUGGAAUGGAUUUACUUCCCUCAGCUCGCAUAUCUUAAAAGCAGUAUCUUUUUUUUUUCCCAGUGUUUAGUCUAUGGGGUAUUUUUUUUGAUGCAUUUUGUAAUUCAGGUUUGGGAAAAAGGAAAUAAAAUUAAAGGGACGGUCAGUUUUCCCCUUGCCCCAUACCACCAUCGUUGCUUCCCACUUUGUUGACUAUCUGUGUAUUUUAGAGACAAGUAUCCAUUUUAUAGACUCACACUAAUCAAAGACCUAGGGAACCAGAUGAAUCAUCUGUUACCUUCUUCUCUUCCCUCCACCCCACAAAUGAGUAUAUGUGUCACUUUUAUGCCUGUUCCCAACUUCCUGCAUAUUUCCUUAUCACCUAUGUUUUUUCCUCACAUAGACCCUCUUCUCUUGUCUACAUAAUUCUCUCCUUUCCCUGUCCCUCCAGUCCCAGGGCCCACCACUCACCCACACACCAUAUCUGUUUAGUAGCAACAUAAUCAGAAUAAAUAGAAGAAGGGGGGGGAACUAAGUGAUUUGCUUUCUCCUUUCAAAGCACUACCACACCUAGACUGCAAAUGUAGCCUGGGGAAUUUUUCGCUGGUAGCAGCUGAGCUACUCCUCUGGCAUCUAUACUUGCUUCAGUAAAUAAGGAGCUGCUACUCUUGGGAACAAACCAAAAUACAGCAGAUGUAAUUGUACAGUUCCUGAUUAAACCUGAAUUGCAAAAAAGGAAGUUAUUUCUUUAAUUUUGUAGAGUUUUGUGUAAUUUUACACACACUGAAACAGCCUUUGUAAAGAACUCAUAAAAGCAGAAAUGAGAAGCAUGAAAGAUUUUCCUCUUGUGACCAAAUCAUUGGGAGGCUCAGUUAAUAUGAUUGCACCAUAUUAUUCACAUUUGUUAACUAUCAUUUACCUGUUCUGUGUUUGUUCUUCUGGAAAAAUCUUCAUGUCAAGAACAAAAAAUGCAGAUAUAUAAUAUCAAAAAAUUGCCAAAGUGUUUUGAUGUUCCAUCUGUGCUUAUUAAAAUAUAUGAUUAAAA